UGAUGAAAGCGGAUGUUGGAACCGAUUUUACCAGCCUGACCUAUAAGGAUGCCAAACCGGUGACAGGGGAUGACUUACGCACCUUCUACUACCUUACUUGCGCAUAUUUUCAAAACAACGACGGCAGUAAAUCCUUCACAUGCAAUAGCUACGAGUACUGCUCCAAAAAUGGCGACAAGUUAGACUGCGCUGAAGUCCCAACAUACGGCGGGUCGUGGUCGGGAGACCUUCAGAUCGGAUUAAAGGCCACAUUUGACUACGAUCGUUCUAAAAACAAGAAGAGGGGCGAGGGUUGUUUGACUGGUGGAACGGCCACAACUGCGGGAACGAAUACCGGCAACUGCAAUUGCAAACAAGCUCGCGAGGAAGCCUUCCAGCCUCUGUCGCUGGACACGUACGGGCCUUUCUGCACCGCCGACGGUAAAUUCGCCAAGCGCCAGUACGACCCGCGUAUCAACCGAGUGUGGUGUGUGGAUGCAAAUUACAAGCCGACGUCAUCUCCUGCUGUUAAAGUUCCGCAAGGACGCAUUCCCACAUGUUAA